CUCUUAUUACCCUUAGAUACAAAUGGUUAUGCGCCUUCACACAUAGUUAACCUUGAGAGAAUUCGCAAAUUUUUUUUGUUUAUAUCUGUGGAUGUCUGAGUAAAUAUUUUUUCCCGCCCCGAGUUACUUCAAAUCGUGUGGUGCACGAAAAAAAAUAUCAGGCAACGUGGCAACCUGGCAACGCGUCAAGUAUUGUCGUCUGCUUUACAUAAUGACGUCACGAUAGCAACAGCUGAUUUCACUGUGACUUGCAACAUGCUCGGAGACACGUUUACCUCGAGACGCUUUAAAACCUAUUCACAUUUAUUUCGCCAAGUUAUAUGAAAUAUUUCAGCACAACGAGACGAAAAUAUGGAAUUGAAAAUGACGAUUUUGUAUGGAAGUGAAACUGGAACUGCUCAGGAUACUGCCGAACAGAUUUGGAAGAGUGCUAAGAGAAAUGGCAUAAAAUGUUUUGUCACUGCAAUGGACGAUUAUGAGAUAGCAAAAUUGACAGAAGAACGGUUGGUGAUUUUUGUAGUGGCAACAACCGGCCAAGGUGACCCGCCAAAGAAUAUGACAAAAUUUUGGCGUUUGUUAUUGCGUAAAACUCUGCCAGCCAAAUGUUUAGAGAAUGUGAAAUACGCGGUCCUGGGACUGGGUGACAGUUCUUAUAAGAAAUAUAAUUUUGCAGCAAAAAAAUUGAACCGUAGGCUGGCACAGUUGGGAGCAAAAGAAAUUCAGGCUAUUGGAUUAGCGGAUGAUCAGCAUGAUCUUGGGAUUGAUGCCGUUGUAGAUCCAUGGACACAGAAUUUGUGGAGAAUUAUAAGCAAAGAAUUCAAUGUAAAACUCGAUUAUUCAGAGCACAGCGAUCAUGAAAUUAUUGAACGUUUUGAGGUGAACAUUGUUCAAGAAGAAAUAGACAAUUUGGAACAGAAUAGAGAUAUUUUCCGACUGGAAGUAGAGUUAAAUAAAGAGCUGAGAAUUGGAAAAAUUCUUGAAAACAUUCGGACAACCUCAGAGGAUCAUUUCCAGGAUGUUCGAUUGAUAAAGUUCCACUGCAAUAACGUAAAUUACUCACCGGGUGACAUUUUGUAUGUGAAACCCAGAAAUUCUCCAAAGCAAGUAGCAAACUUUUUCAAUCUAUUGAUGCAUCAUGGGAUUGCAUUGGGUCCUGAAACGUUGAUAAGCGUAAAGGAGAAAGAAAUCAAAGUUCCAGCGGCACUGAAGCAAAUAUUGACUUUGAAAGAAAUUGUCGAACAAUAUUGGGAUUUGAGUUUCAAGCCCAGGAGAUCGACAAUGCAAGUUUUGGCUUCGAUAAGCGAGGAUGAGUUGGAAAAGGAAAAACUUCAUGAGUUCACGCUUCCCGCUGGUCAAGAAGAGUUGUUCAGUUAUGUAAAUCGACCCAGGCGAAAUAUACUCGAAGUCCUUGGAGAUUUUCCUCAUACUGCGCGUAAGCUGAGCUUGAAAAUACUUUUCGAAAUAAUGAGCCCCAUAAAGCCUCGGGCGUUCAGCAUCGCUUCGAGCUGCGAGGAGAAUAGAAACGAAAUUCAUCUCCUGGUCGCUGUAGUGAAAUAUAAAACGAAGCUUGUGGAACCGAGACUCGGCCUUUGCUCCAAUUGGCUCGCGACGUUGAAGCCAGGAGAAGAAAUUAUUUUUUCCAUUCAGAAAGGAACUUUCAAAUUCACUUAUGGCAAACCAAUGAUUCUUAUCGGCCCUGGAACGGGCGUUGCUCCAUUCCGAUCUCUUCUUCUUCAACAGUCUCAUCUUAAUGCCAAUUUGGCUGACACUGUACUAUUCUUCGGAUGUAGAAACAAACACAAAGAUUAUCACUGCCGCAAAGAUUUUGAAUCUAUCAGAAAGAAUAAUGAUCUACGAGUAUUUUGUGCCUUUUCCAGAGAUCAGGAAGAAAAAAUUUACGUACAGCACGUGAUACAAAAAGAGCGUCAACUAUGCUGGGAACUGUUGGAACGGGGAGGCAGCAUUUAUCUUUCGGGUAGUUCGAAAAACAUGCCGAAAUGUGUUCGCGAUGAGUUCGUCGCAGUAGCGAGAGAUCUUGGAAAACUAACGGAAACCGAGGCUGAAAAAUUUAUCGAAAAACUUGAAAAGGAUGGAAGAUAUCAAGAGGAAACAUGGGGCUGAGAGGUACUUCUGGAAAAAAGUUCUUCCAACCGAACAGAGAUAUCGACCUGGAUACGAAUAACUACGCGAGAGUCAAUCGUCACCGAAAUAUCCGAAAUUUCCAUCUACAAAGGACAUUUGCGAAGAUUCAGACAUCAGACGUGUCACGAGCGGAAUUUCCAGUUGAAGGAGGACUUCGUCUCGUAGAAGCUCGUCAAGCUGAUUGAACAACGUUGCGUUGCGAUAAAACAAUAUAAGACUCGAGAAGAAAACUUCGUACGGUUCGGAUCUCCAAGCACUGAACCAAUUCCGAUCGUAAUAGGAGGUUCGAACACUCUUGGUUGCCCAAUCCUCGACCGCUCGGUUACGACUGGCUGUUCGUAUCUCUCCUGCUCGUAUUACAUAAGGAGGUGAGAAAAAUAUUCGUCGUAGGGCGUCUGAGUAAACCGCUAAGCCACGAUCCUUCAUGGCAUUUUUGAUCCGCUCGUAGAAUUGCUUUUCAAACACUAAGACCUGAGGAUGUUAGAUAAUAGAAACCGUCAAAAUCCAGAGAAAUUCCGUUUUUUAUGUUUCUAGUAUGCUGGGAUUUCAAGUACGAAUAAAUUUUUUUUUUAAUGAG